AUUACCAUUGUGGUAGCUCUCCAUUCUUUCAAUUUCAAAAAAAUAAUAAUAGUUUUAUUUCAGUUAAACAAAACACACAAACCUGCGCUGCAUAUUAAUAAAGCAUGAUUAAAUAAUUUAAAAAACGUGCGGAAAUGGAAAAAACUUCAAUUUCGCCAUACGGAUUCCAGAAGCAAUUUAAACUACAAAGCAAGAAUUUGAACAAAUUUCUGAACGAACAGAUUUUGAAGGAAAAAGUUUAACCGCAUCUCAUCAAGUUGUGGAAACAUCAAAGUGCGGGCAGGACUUGGAGCCAUUUUUAUUACUGUAGAAACAGAUGGCUAUGUUUGCAUUAUUAAUCAACCUUGCGACUGUAUUCAACUUUUUUGAGCGCAAAAUAGAUGCCUGGUGGGAUUGAAACAGAACACUAUGAUUGUCAGACAGAGAACAAUUCUGCAAAAUGAACCCCAUAUUCAACAGAAAACAUCAACCAUUGUGGACUUCAUUGACGAUAAACCCAAACUGAACUCAGACCGCACCAUUUUACCGCAAAUCAACAUAGCCAACAAAAGCCAAUUUACGCGACAAAACAGCACUGUGUUUGCAACCACGAACUACACCGCCGCCGACAACAACAAACCGAGACAAGUUCAACUGAGUUCCAACUCCACAGUCGUGCGCAAGUCGGGAAAUUAUAACGGUAACUCGGAAAACACGAACGGCGUCAGUAGUAAGAAGUCGAGCGUGGCGUUCGUUGACAGCGCGGGCAAGGAGGGACCGCGACCAUGCAAUGAGGUUGAGAGUUUCCCGCAACAUGUGAAAUAUGUGCCGAUUCCAGUGACAGAAAUAGAAGACUGUCCUGUUUACUCGCUAUUCAAUUCAUUUGAGAAAGGAGAGGUGAAGAAACUGCAGGAAAAGGACUUGAAUCUACAGCUGUACUACUUCGGACUAAGAGCCAACAAACUCAAGUUAAACGAGACGGGCGAGAGGAACUACGGACACGACGACGAACAUGGAGGCUACCUAAAAGUAACAGGAGACCAAGUGUUGUUUCGUUAUGAGUUAUUCGACACUCUGGGCAAAGGAAGCUUCGGACAAGUCAUCCGUGCAUUCGAUCACCAGAAACAGAAGUUCGUCGCCCUAAAGAUAAUCCGAAACAAAAGACGGUUCCACGCACAGGCGCUGAUAGAAGUGGAGAUUCUGGAGAGACUGAAGGAGAGUGACAAGGAGAAUGAUGGCAACAUCAUCCACCUUCAGGACUGGUUCUACUUCAGAAACCACCUCUGCAUCACAUUCGAACUACUGGGUAUGAACCUGUAUGAGCUGAUCAAGAUCAACAACUACCAGGGCUUCUCCUUCAGCCUCAUAAAGAGGUUCGCCUACUCCAUACUGCAAUGUCUCCUCCUCUUCCACCAACAACACAUCAUACACUGCGACCUAAAACCAGAGAACAUCCUGCUGCAGGCCAACUUCAAGGGCACCAGUGCCAUCAAAGUCAUCGACGUCGGCUCCAGCUGCUUCGUCGGAAAACAAGUUUACACAUAUAUCCAAUCUCGCUUCUACCGGUCACCAGAGGUCAUCCUGGGGCUGGAGUACUCCUCCCCCAUAGACAUGUGGUCCCUGGGAUGCAUCCUGGCUGAACUCUACACCGGAUACCCCAUCUUCCCAGGGGAGAACGAGGUCGAACAACUCAAUUGCAUCAUGGAGAUCUUCGGCGUGCCUCCUUCGAGCGUGCUGAAGGAUGCCACACGCAAGAAAGUGUUCUUCGAUUCACGCAACUCCCCCCGGUGCCUGACCAACAGCAAGGGCAAGAAGCGCAAGCCCAACAACAGGACCCUAGAACAGUCACUCAAAAACUGCACAAACCCCGAUUUUGUGGACUUCGUCCGAAAGUGCCUCAACUGGGACGCCAACGAACGCAUGAAUCCACAAGAAGCAUUGGAGCACCCGUUUCUGUUCGAAGCACGCGAACACUACAGACGCAAGAAGCGAAAACAGAACCAGAGUCAGCUCACCAGUCGCCACUCGUCCACUUUCAAGCCCCACUCACUUCCUAGCAUCACUGCACAUGCGGGGAGUAGUCACAAUAACAUGGGUGGGGUUGGGACAGGAACUAUUAACUCAAGAAACAACUACAGCAACAAUCACCACUUGAGUUUAUCCAGGCACAAGGCAGCGAACAACGGAGUGAAGCCAGAUAAACAAUCUACAGCCGAAAUUUCGCUGCCCAAGCUGUAAACAGAAUUCUCGAGAUUUCAACAACAACCCCCUCUCUCUAUCUCUAUCUGAUUUUCGCCUCACAAAUGCUGCUGCUUCAAUAAUCUCAUAUCACAGAAACAAAAAGAAUUAAGUUCUAUUUUCAUAUGUUUGAAUUAUUUAUCUCAAAUUGAUUAGAGCUUACAAAAAUUUUAAUAAACGAGUCCGAAGCUUUACUUUCUCAU